AGUCGUACAUAUCGGAGCUCUCAUAUCUAUUCCGAUAAUAAUAGACAUUAAUUUUAUUUUUCAACGUUUUAACCCUUAAAACUUCUCAAAAGCAAUUUGAAAAAAAAAGAACAAUUAUUAAAAAUUCGAUAGAUAACAAACAUCAACAAUUUUCCUUAGAAGAAAAAUUUUAGCCUAAACAUGUCUGAAAAACAAUACAACGAAGGAUCUUCGAUCGAAGAUUCUGCUGGAAGUGAGAAAUUUCCUAAGACAGUUCAAGAAAUUGACUCCCAAUUGCCUGCUUCAGAACAAGUGGCUGAACUUGCAACCAAGUAUGGUAUAAAUCAUAAAAAAUUAAUGUUUAAAAUCGAUCUUUGUGUGAUUCCACCAUUUUGUCUCUUAUAUUUCCUUGCAUUUUUAGAUAGAGUCAAUAUCUCAAAUGCUGCAGUUUACGGUUUAUCUGCUGAUUUGAAACUUACUGGUACUCAAUAUAAUACUGCAUUGACUUUAUUUUUCGUUCCAUAUGUGUUCUUUGAAGUAUUUUCCAAUUAUGCUUUGAAAUUAGUUGCUCCUCACAGAUGGUUAUCUGGCUGUAUUUUGGCAUUCGGUGCGGUGAGUAUUGGUAUGGGUUUUGUUCAAAACUUUGGUGCACUUGCCGCAUGUAGAUUCCUUUUAGGUGUCUUUGAAAGUGGUUCAUUCCCUGCACUUUUCUAUAUCUUGUCAAACUUUUAUGAGAAGACUGAAGCUCAAAAGAGAUUUUCUGGAUUCUUUUCUGUUACAUGUCUUGCUGGUGCUGCUGGUGGUGCUAUCGCAUAUAGAAUCAAUGAUUUGGAUGGUAAGCAUGGUUUAGAAUCAUGGAGAUGGAUUUUCAUCAUUGAUGGUAUAAUUACUGUUGCGGGUGCAUUAGUACUUUAUUUUACAAUUGCUGAUUUCCCUGAAGAAGCUAGAUUUUUGAACGCUAAUGAAAGAGCCUUCCUUAAGGAAAAACUUGCCAUCCAUUCCGGUACAGAAUCUGGUUUCGAAAUUAAAAUUAACUAUAAGGAUACUGCUAGAUGUUUUAAAGAUUACUUAAUUUGGUUACCAGCAUUAGCAUACUUUGGUUUGAUUAUUCCAUCAUAUGGUUAUGCAUACUUUGCAGCCAUUAUUAUCAAACAAAUGGGUUAUACAGAUGUUAGUGCUCAAGCUCACUCCGUUUAUCCCUGGUUGGCUGCAUUUGGUGUUGGUAACAUUGUAUCCUUUAUCUCAGAUAGAUUCAAAAUGAGAUUACCAUUCGCACUUGGAAUGUCAUGUAUGGCAAUUGCUGGUUUGGCAAUGGUUUUGGCUUCUAAAGUUUCUACCACAAGAUACGCAGGAUGUUUCCUCACAGCUACUGGGUUAUACACUGCUAUGCCAUUGUUGGUAUGUUGGACAUCAUUGAACUUUGGUGGUCAUGUUAGAAAAUCCGUUGGAACUGCUUGGCAAAUUGGUUUUGGUAACAUUGGAGGUAUUAUUGCAACAUUUGUAUUCUUGGCUAAGGAUGCUCCAAUUUACAAGCCAGGUUUAAGUGUCUGUCUUGCGUUUGUCUGUUUCUCGAUGCUUAUGAUGGUUACCUACUUCUUUUCCGUCUAUAGACUUAAUAAGGUGAAGAAAUCUGAAUCAUAUGUGCAAGAGUGGGAACAAUUGACUGAACGUGAACAAAUUCUUGCAGGUGACAAGAAUCCAAAGUUUACCUACUUGUAUUAAUCUUUAUAUAAUGAUCUUGAAUGAACAAAC